AACCUGUUUUUUUUUUCAAUUAGCAUUUCUUGCUCAAGCAGAGAUGCACCUCCUUGGGAAAGAGGAACCAAGGGGCCUCGCCUACUAAAUUCGGGAAGCCCAGCGCAACUGGGUGGUGGCCUUAUAAGCUAGGCAAGAGAGCUCCGCAGCAGUAGGAACCAUGCAAGGAAUUGGGAGACGGCUGGGUCAAUUCACUUUUGGUUUAAUUACGCAGCCGGCUGCAAGUAGGCUAAGUGGCUGCGGUGGACGAAAGAUAAGCCAGCUGACAUGGAGCCACCAUGAGAGCAUCCUGCAUAGAUUUGAAUCGGUGGCUGGCAUCGGUCGUCUUUACCCUUCAGGCUUUCCAAAAACCAGGAGACAAAUUGUUUGCCACUUUUCCACAGCUGAGGAUCACAAUGUCUCCUAUCAACAGCUCAAAGAUUUGUUGAAAUCAAAGGCCAUCCGGCUCAUUGAUGUUAGAGAAAAAUGGGAAAUUGAAGAAUAUGGAAAAAUUCCUGGCUCAAUCGAUAUUCCAUUGGCAGAACUUACAAAAGCUUUACAGAUGGACCCAGCAUCUUUUAAAGAGAAAUACAAUCAAGAUAUGCCUUCUAAAUCAGAUCAUGUAGUGUUUUCCUGUUAUGUUGGAGUGAGAAGCAAACAGGCUCUAGCUGAUGCAAAAUCAUUGGGCUUCAGCAGAGUUCAGCAUUUUCCUGGUGGCUACAAAGAAUGGCUGGAGCGUGAAUCUCCAAAGAAGAAAUGAUAUCUAGAAUACACAAACUAGGACUAACAUCUUUGUACAGGAGGGCCGAAUGUCAGCUUCUAUAUCACUUUGCUUGCAAUCAACUGCCAUAGUAACGGGGAGGGAGGGGGUUUCGGCAUUUGGGAGGGGAAUUGUGCUGGAGGUGAUAUCUCAAGACGAAGGAGGAGUUAUGUUCUCACCAUCUGUACAUGCUGAAUGGUCCUGUUUUGGUGUGGUCAAGGUCAACCGUCCCUGCAUACCAGAUGGAUGAGGCCACCUGAAGAUGCACCCCACAUGGCACCCUUGGGGGCUACAUAUAGGACAUUUACCUUGGAGUUGUUGGGGGGAGGGAUUUGGGUAAACUUUUGAUAUGUACAAUUUCACGCCUUUUAGCCUCAAACCUUGCUUUACUUGUGAUGCUAUCACUUCAUAUUCAGUAAAAGUACAUUUUCUCUAAAAUAAUGGAGUUGGGGAUUUCAUUUCUUGAAUUUUGAAUGAGGCACGCCUCACAAAUAUUUAAGUGAAAUAAAGUGGAAUUAACACAAUCUAUUUCUACAUAAACAACUUCUGGAAAAUUGCUGAGAGAUUACAUAACAUGAAAACUCGGAUUUCCAGUAUAGUGCGCUAUAUGCUAAAUGGUAAGAGGACCAUUAUAAUCCCAUGUUAAGAUAAUGAAACUGGUAAAAUUUUGUUAAAUCAUUUGAAGUUGGCUCUCCAACUUUUGGUGUAUGUUUCUCUUCUCAUAGCCAAAGAGAGAAAAGGCAAACACAUUACUUGCAACUUGUGAUAAGGCACUCCAGUGAAAUAUUUUAAUUUUUUAUAAUUUUUAAAAAUGUAUGAUAUGCCCAUGUGUUCUGAUGCAGUACUUGUAAGAAUUAUUGCUUAUGGUUCUGAAAUAAAAUAGUCAAUGUUGUUAAUUUCCAUUGUUUUAUUCCUAGGCAGCUAGUCCAUAUUACAAAUAAAGUUGAAAUCCUCACGUUAACAAAGUAAUUUCCAAAACACAACAGAUGUGGUGUCUCAAGCAAUUCUGUUAGCAAAUGUGUGGGACAACAUGACGAGCAUCAACAAAAUUGGCCAAACUGAAAAGGGAACAUGAAAAAGCUAAAAUUUUAAAAAAAAUUCUCACAAUUGUUUUUGUAAGUCAGUAUCAAACACUCUGUAAAAAAAUAACUUCCAACACUUAAGUGCAGAGAGCCCAAGCGUUUGCAUACAAAAACACUUUGGUUACCCUUAAUUCAGUGACAUAUCAAGUAGAGGCAGGCACUGCUGCUUUUAGAUCAAGUUUUAGAACAAGCACCAUUUGACAAUACUCUUUCAACCACUGUUCCUUUGAUUGUAUCGUGGCAGAAUAAUGCUCCCUUGGGUGAAAGGCAUCUUAAAGCAGCCUUUCCCAACUGGCAUCUUCACUAUGCGUUGUACUUUGUAAUCUCCCUAAUCCUCCACUAACAUGGCCAUGUUAGCUGGCCUGAAGGCAACUGAAAUCUAAUACAGCCAGAAGGCAUCAUGUUGUGGGGGAGCUACUUUAGCCUGAAAGAGAGGCUACUGUUAACUCAUUUUAGGGUCCCAAACAAAUAGUCCAUGAAGAUUUCAGGACUCGCGACUAAGUAGGGAAGUCUGAAUAAAGAAUACGCAUAUGGCCCUU